CAGGGGGGCUCCCCGCCAGGCACGUCUUCCUCUGGAACCCGGACGCGUGACGUCGUUUGACUUGACACGAAAAUAACUGGAUGCCGAGGCUGCUUCUGGCACGACGGGAAUUGACACCGAACAACCCAUCCCCGAUGUCGACACCAUUUCACGCUCCUACCCGAGUCUCUAUUCAUUGAGACAUGGAAUCGACCGAGAAUCGAGUGGGCCGCGGCACAUGGGCUCGUUACAAGCUUGCCCAGGCACAGUUCACCAGCUGGGUCAAGCAAACCGCCGACAAGGUCGUGUCCCGAAAACCGAACGGCACGGCCCCGUCCCAUCAGACAAAAGUCGUCGAGACAGCCCCGGCCCCCGCAAAGGAAUCCCGACGACAGAAAAAGGCACGAGCCAAAGCCACAGUCACCCCUCUUGCCGAUCCCCGCCUCGAGACCAACGUCGAAAGUGCCAAAUCUGUCCACUGGACCGAACUCGAGAUUCUCGCCCUCAAGAUCGCCGACAACGCCGAGCCCGAGCAGAUCCCCGAUGCCGCCGUCAACAUCCUCCGUGAUGUCGUCAACCUCCGCAAGAAGAGCUUCAAGUUCUUCAGUGGCGCCGCCGCCAAGCGACCGGCCGACCGAAAGCUCCAGGAGAGCAAUCAAACUCACGCCCACAUCAUCAACGUCCUCGAGCGCAUCCUUGCCAAGUUCGAGGCCCUGACCUCGGCUCGCCGCAAGGACACCAAAAACGAGAAGCCCGACGAGAAGAACCCAAUGGGCCUGUCCGAUCUCAUCAACAUGUUUACCCAUCUCGAAGUCCAGACGCCCCCCGACGCAGCUGAAGACGACCAAGCCGAUCCACCGUCCGAAGAUGACCGAAAGUCCACGAGGUCCAAAAAAUCACACAAGAGCAAAAAGAGGAAGCCGCAUAAAGAACGCCGCAGCGAGACGAGGACAUCCCCUCGCCCCUCCACGACAGACAAUAAUGACGACACUUCGUGGCUGGACACGUUUGAUUGGGGCCUCCCCUUGGCAGACGAGGACGACGAGGACGACGAGUUCGAUUUCUACAUGAUGGUCUACUGCUUCUUCGAAGACUUCAACACCAUCCGAAACUACGUCCAAGAGCGAUGGUGCGACUACUGGUACGACCGGUCCGUCUAUCUCAACACCUUGGCCGUCAUUACCAACGCCGCCUUCGAGCUAUUCCACAUGCUGGAGUGGGACCUGAUGAAGGCGCUCAAGUUCCAUCCCGAGCUCACCCAGUAUAACUCUAUGAUGGACAUGCUCUUCAUACAGGUUGGCAUCGAACACAUCGAUUACGACUCGUACGAUGAUCUGAGCCAGGAGGAACACGACGAGCGUUUGUGGAGAGACGAGGCUGACUGGUUAGCUUUUAUGUCUUACUGUACAAUAUACCGGACCCUCGAGAACGUCCCUCCCGGCAAGGUUCCCAUGCUGCCGCCUUCAGCCCGCAAAAAGGUUGUCUAUGGCGCACAUAACAUGAAGACCUGGCAGGAAUUUGAAAACACAAUCAGCUUUCAGAUGAUCACAGAGGGUUCUUUGUUAAAGGCCCUCAAGAAGAAUGGGCAGGUUCCCCCAAAACUCCCAGCCGAGCCACUGCUGUUGCAAGACUGGCAGGAAUCGCUCAAGAGGCAUGCUGUAACGUCUUCCCUCAUCUUCUCCUUCCACCUGUGGGUCGAUAUCCGCCACAUCAUGGAGGAAGAAGUCAUCAAUCCGUUCAACGAAAUGCAAAAGACGGGCCAAAGAGUGGUGAAUGCGCUCCGCCUUCACGAUCCCAGCAGUGUAACCAGAGAUAGGGCAUUUAAGCGGGAGUACAGCGAUCGCAUCCAGGACACCACCGAGUUCCUGCUAGAAGACUUCACCUACGAAGACAAGCUGUUCCGCUUCCAACAAAUGGGGAUUGACGAAGACCCAGAGGAGUUCUUCCUCCUCAAGAACGAGCCAGUCUUUGCCGGCUUGCUCGACUUCCGCGCAAGGCUUGUGCAUAGCGAAAUGGGCCACCAGUUUGCCGCCUUCACCUACGUUCUCGAGGCUGCGUCCUACUUGUAUCAUGCCGCUCGUGCUGCCGAUCCAAGCCUACCUGUCUGGCCCAACAUGGAGAUGCUUAACGAAACCUACCUCGAUGACAGCAUGUUCAAGAGCGGCUUCCUUGGUGUAAAGGACCCCGUCGCCAUUAUCCACAACUACCAACUGGCGAUCAAGCCACCAGCAGGCUGGGACGGCCCUCCCGAUCUCGCAAACAGGUCCGGGUUCGCCCAAUCUGUCAAGAUCCGAAGAACUUUGUACUAUCGCUAUGGUUUUGCCGAAGAAGACUCUUACUACGAGAUUGCCUACAUGGAGCAUCUGGCCAUGCAUCGACUACAGCUCGAACGGCGCCGAGGAACUCCACGUACCCUUGUGGGUUCCACUCGGGAGGCGAAUGAGUUAUUGGAGGACGGAGAUGUGAACGGCACGACGACAGGUACUUAUUCGGUUGCGCCACCCAAGUUGGACGAGAAGACCGAGGAGCACCUGCGGCGCAAAGCGGUUCUGUCCAAGUUGUCGCCUAUCGAGAUGCUGCAGCUGGUUGAUGACUCUGUCCAGACACUUUUGGAAGGCCUUCUCCAGCUUGACUACCUACAACUGUUUGACGAGGCGGCGUUGUUCUUGGAAGAAGUCAUGGAUGCCUUUGGGCCCGAAAUGCAACAACGGGUUAAAUACAAGGGAGGGGAAGGUGAUCCGCCCGCGAAGCUGGAUAAACUGCCCACUUACCUGGGUGAGGACUUGAAGGCUGCUGCAGAGGCUGGCAACGGCAAAGGGUCCGAGAUAAUCGGGAGGCUUGUCGAGGGUGCCACGGAGUUCCUGACGCAAAUGGGAUUUGCUGACGAUACAAGUGCAGCUACUGAAGAGGUUGUAGCUAUUGAAGGAGUUACGGCUACUGAAGAAGCUUGUAGUCAAUAGACUAACAAUGGAUCGCCUGUAGGACUGUUAUAGGAGUUCAAUUGGAGAUCUACUACUUC